GAAACCCUAAUCGUCGAUUCUCCUACAUUCUUCCGGAAUCUUGUACUAUCUCCGACGGAUCUUGAAUCGGUAUUCUCAGCUGCUGAAAUCUCCGGGGAAUGCAGAGAACGUUUUGCUGCGAGGUGGAGAACGGUUGGAAGGAAUCCCUCUCUCAAGGGAUUGUAAUCGUAGGUCCUAAAGCAAGAACCAGGGACAAACCUUGGGAUAAUCUCUGAUUUUUCAUAUUUGAUUAGGAAACAUACUUAAGAAGCAGCAUGACUCGGAUUUUGGUUCAACGAGGUUCAUCAGGAAGUUCUUCCAACUCGAGCCGCCCUUCUUCCUCGGGAACAGAACCACAGAUAAACAAUACUAUUCAGGUUCCUCCUGCUACUAUAGAUGAAGAAAUUACGGAUGAGAAACAAGAAGAGGUUACUGUAGUUGAAAAAGCAGAGUGUUCUGAUGCUAAGAAUGUAGCUGUGGACAGUAAUGAACCUGUGGAUAGAGAAGAUGAUGAAGGGUUGGUAGUUUCAGAAAAUGUUCAUGUUGAAAGUGAAGGUAUAGAUUGUGAUUCUCCAGUUAGUGGUGGCAGUAACCCUGAUUCACCACCCGUACCAGCUCCACCACCAAAACCUUCUUCGACUGUCAAUCCUGGGAAUAACAGAUCGGUCUUGGGAAGUUUUGGCGCUUUACGAAUUGGACCAACACGAAGAGGUUCUGGGCCUCGCUCUCUUGUUUCCAGUAGGAGUUCGCCAACUGGAUCGCAUCCUUCUUCUCCAAGAUCACACAGUGAGAACGAGGGCUAUAACAGUUCUGAUGAGCAUAUGCCAUGCUAUGUGCCCUCUCAUCCUGGCUCUGGCUUGGAAAGAGAACACCAGUUUGAAGCAGAGAUUAGAGAUUCGAAAGGCUUUGAAAUUAGGCGGAUGUUGGAAGAUGGAAAUUGUCUUUUUCGGGCUGUUGCAGAUCAAGUAUAUGGGGACUCAGAGGCAUAUGACUUGGCUAGACAAAUGUGCAUGGAUUACAUGGAGCAAGAGAGGGAUCACUUUUCUCAGUUCAUAACCGAAGGUUUUACUUCUUACUUGAAGAGGAAAAGAAGAGAUAAGGUCUAUGGAAACAACGUAGAGAUCCAAGCUUUAGCAGAAAUGUAUAAUAGGCCAAUCCACAUUUACUCAUAUAGCACAGAACCUAUCAACAUGUUUCAAGGAAACUACAGCACGGAUAUACCUCCCAUAAGACUGAGUUACCACCACGGGAAUCAUUAUAAUUCUUUGGUGGAUCCACAUCGGUUGACAGUUGGUGCCGGACUUGGAUUUAGUAGCCUUAGUGGGAGACAUGUGGACAAGGAACAGGUGAAAGCUGCUAUAAAGGCUCAGCAAGAACAUCAGAUUGAUAAUGCGCUCUUAGCAGAAGGGAGAUUUUACUCUGACCUUGAGCUUACGGAAAAGGAAAUAGAGCGGGCGGUAAUGGAUGCUUCCCGUGCUGAGUAUCUUAUGGAAUGGUCUAAGCCACGAAUUGGUCCAAAGGAAUCAUCCACCUCGAAUGCUGAGACAUCAUCUUCUGGAGCUACAGGACCAUCAGGCAGUGAUUCGAAACCAGAGGAGGCAGUAAAAAAAGAAAAGACUGUGCUGAGUAGCAGUAUCGAGAUGGUAUUGUCGAUGGGAUUUAGCUACACACAGGCCAUGGAAGCUUAUAGCAUUUUUGGGGAUGACGUUGACUCUAUGGUCUGUUAUGUACUGGAAACAAGCUGUGGCAGCAACAACCGACGCAAAGGCAAAGCCACGGAAUAGAGAAUGUAACAUGAGUUUGCUCUGUAUUAGUAGUAUAUGAAAUACCACCAAUUCGUAUUCCUCCUACCAACGGUGGGCGAUUACCCUUACCAUAAUAAUGAGAAUAAACGUGUGCAUUCAUCACAUGUAUGCAUAUGUUUGUGAUCUAUGUACUUUAGUUGUACAAGUUGAAUAAGAGAGAGUAAGUGAA